CAGAGACUGAGAGCUGAACAUCAGAACUCACCAAGCGUUGGAUUGUUCACCCACUAGUAGUGAACGUGACCUGGGAUUAGACCAUUGUGAGACAGAGAGCCCACACGCUGACCAAUCCCUGAGCUCCAGUCAAGACGUAACCAUGGCAACGAAAACCUCCUCCAGGUUUGACCACAUCACCUUCAAAAGUCCGGUCCACUCAGGAUCUCCUGCCUUCUACCAGCUGACACCAAAGAAGGAGAAUAUUGGGACUCUAAAGAGAAUAACUCUGGGUGAAAAAAAUACACAAAAACUAAACAAAACCAUCUUAAUAGUUGGUGAAACAGGAACAGGAAAAUCUACUCUGAUCAACGCUCUGGUCAACUACGCCAUGGGAGUGGAGUGGGAGGACAACGUCUGGUUUCAGAUCGUUGAUGAGGAGGAGAAAUCUCAAACUGAAAGUCAGACCUCAGAUGUGAUCGUGUACCAGAUCUUUGGUUUUGAAGGUAAAACUCUGCCCUACUCUCUGACCAUCAUCGAUACUCCAGGAUACGGAGACACCAGAGGGGUAGAUCUAGAUGACAGAGUCAGUCAAAGACUGUUAGACCUGUUCCGCUCAGAGGACGGAGUUCAUGAGAUUAAUGUGGUGGGUCUGGUGCUGAAAGCUACUGAGAAUCGACUGAGUGACCGGGUGAGGUACAUCUUUGAUUCAGUGGUGUCUCUGUUUGGAAAAGACAUGGAGAACAAGAUCGUCUCUCUCAUGACACACUCAGAUGGAACAACACCUGAAAAUGCUCUGAAAGCUCUUGAAACUGCAAACAUCAGGUAUGCCACAGAUGAAGAGAAUCAGCCAGUCCACUUCCUCUUUAACAACCUCCAAAAUAAAGAAAGGAAGGGAAAGGAAAGACCCCUGAAAUAUGCAUAUGAAACAUCAAUGGAUGGAAUAAGAAUGUUCUUCCACUUUCUGGAUCAAACUGAACCCCAGAAGCUGGAGACAACAGUGGAUGUUCUGAAUGAGCGAGUCAGACUCAAAGCCUGCAUCCAGAACCAACAAGAGAGAGUCGAGUUGAUUGAACUACAGCAGAAAGAAAUCCAUCAGACUGAGGAAGCCCUCAAGAAGCACGAAGAAAACUUGAAGACCAUCAGUGUCAUAGUUCAGCUGAGUCAUCAAAAUCAGAAAAAUAUCCAAGAAGCCCAGGAGGCUCUGCAGAAAUAUGAAGAAGAGAUGAAGAAGAACAAGAACUUCAGCAAAGAAGUUGACGAGCCCUACAAAGACAAAGAACCCAUCAGUGGUGGGAUGUGGGGAUUGUUUUUUUAUGAGGGAGCUACGUGCUGUACUAAAUGUGAGGAAAACUGCCAUUACCCUGAAUGUACAAUGGCCUGGUAUCCCAGGGACUGUGAGGUCAUGAAAAAAGGCAAAUGUACUUCAUGCAGAGGGAAAUGUCCUGUGUCUGAUCAUGUGAAAAAAGAGUGGAGGUAUGUGACCAAGACAAGAAAAGUUCAGAAGACCCUAGAAGACAUGAAGGAGAAGUAUUUAGGAGGCAUGAGAGAACAUGAAAGGGCAAAAACCCGUUUGAAAGGGCUUGAAAAAGAUCAAACCAGUAUGGGAGAUGUGGAGGAGAAGUUUACAGAGAUGAAAGUAGAGCAAGAUGACACAACAAGAAUGCUGGAAGCCCUCAAAGAGGAAAUGGAAAAACAUCAGAGAGACAAAGAUCAGUGCUUAGAAGAGUCCUUCCAGCACAUCGUCAACCUGGAGCAGAUCGCUCUGAAUGUUGAUUCACUGUCCACUCACGUCCAUCUGGACUUCCUGAUUGAGAAGAUGAAGGAGAGAGGAGACACAGAGAAGGUCCAGAAACUGGAGGAGAUGAAGGCUCGACUGGAUGAAGGAGCCAGAGCAGGCCUGAGGUACAAACUGGCAGCAGCUAGAAAAGAAGCUGAGAAAGCAGUGAAAGGAUUGAUGGGGUGGAGUAAGUGAACCUGAUUCCCAUUAUCAGCCAGCUGUGGAGAAGCCAAGGUGUCCACUGCUGAAUCAAACUUUAAAAAUCACAAAAUGUAACUGCUUACUCAGAUAAUAUAGCUUUGAAGUUUUUAUUCUACUCAGAUAAUAAAGCUUUGAAGUUUUUAUUCUACUCAGAUAAUAAAGCUUUGAAGUUUUUAUUCUACUCAGAUAAUAUAGCUUUGAAGUUUUUAUUCUACUCAGAUAAUAAAGCUUUGAAGUUUUUCUUCUACUCAGAUAAUAUAUUGAUAUGAAUGCUCACACAUUCACUGAUCAUUUAGAGUAUGACACAUAUGGUUAACAUACAGAUAUACUGUAUAUUUAGCCAGAUGACAUAACAACAAGUCAGAAUAAUACUACACACUUAUGUCUAAUGUGACUAAUGCUCUGAUUCACUCCUGAUGUUGACUGAAGGAUCAUUAUGAGUUCAUCACAUUCAUCAUCUUCAUCAGUUUGUCCUGAAGAUUGAACAGAAUUAAACUCAGACAUUAGCUAGAAAUAUUCUGGAUUAUAGCUGAAUCAGAUCUUCAUUUUAACAAUCAUCAAAUCACAUGUAUUUUCAUUUAUAUCCUAGUUUUCUUCAUGCUGUGAUUAUUUUCAUGUACAAUCAUUUUCAUCCAUGUUGUUCCUCUGGUUGAAAACUUUUUGCUUUUUUCAUGUGGAAUCAAAUCAGGAUGAUGUAUUAAAUCAGUAAUAAAUGCUUUCCUUAAAAUCAGUUUGUUCAGUGUUUUUAUUUGAUUAUCAGGAUGUUGAACGUGUUUAAGUCUCUGUUUGACUUUAUUCAGAAAUAUUUUUCUAACUCAGACAUUUUCACUUUAUUCUGACAAUAAAAUCAGACACAGAUGAACAGAGAAAGACCUAACCAGGGCUGCUUUCAUAAAUGUGGCAAAGAUCAGCAUAUAGGUCUUUACCAUAGAUCUAAAAUCAAUAACAGAGAGUGAACCAAUCAUUGUGAAGCAUCUCUGCACAGAGAACUACAGGACAGACCAGGAUAUAAUCUAAAUCUACAAAUAGCCAACAGUCCUCCAUCAGAACCCAGACUCCUUCCAUCCUAAU